UUUAGUUUUUAACUAAGACCUGGUUUUAGAGAAAACUGCUGCAAAGCAAAACUGGUUUGUCAUAGAUUUCUGCCAGCUCGGAUUUAUAGGGAAAAUGUUUCGGUCGACUGAUCUACCCUGGCUAGUACAGUUCUUCCUCAUGUUCUACAACGAUAAACCAGUUGACUGGCUGCUUGUGAAUAUUCUUCAGACCAAAGUCUGUAAACUUGAUCAGGAUAAUAAGAAGUGUAAGAAAGAAGAAGAAAAACUAUGGAUUCAUUACAAACCUUCACUUUUCCAGCAUAUUGGAACCCAUUCAUCUCUCAAGGGUAAAGUUCAGAAGUUGAAGGAUCGACAAUUUGGACGAGUACAGCUGUUUACGCCACAUAAGAAUCCGCCAGCAAAAAUAGAAUCUCCAAUCAAACAUUACAAACACUACAGUAUUGAGCGGGCAUACAAGGGUGAUACUUUCUUCUGGGGUUUAGUACCUCAACCCGGGGAUCAGAUAAUCUUCCAAUUCCAGCCGCCUUUAGAACUUGAAUCCUUCAAGUUUGUCACAGGAAAUCUGGAGCAUCCUUCCGAUAGGUAUUUUUAAAUCUCUUUUUUCCAUUUGUUAUCU